AAUGACGUAUUAAACGCGCGACUGUCAUUUCGCACGUGAGCAACAAUCAUGGCAGUGGUGUGUUCAAAGGCAGACUGGUUUGUUUCAAGCUGUUCUACUACUUUAGUUGCCAUACACCUCAAACAGUCUAGAGAGCCGUUCGUGUUUGACUGUGCCAAAGCCGAGAAAAAAACAAAGGAAGCUGAUGGUGAUAGUAAAAGUGCUGGAGAUGGACCAGAGGAGAAGGACAGUGACAGGAUUCUUGCGUUUGCUGCCUCAGCCUCUGGGAAGCAUGUAGCGCUCACAGAUGACCACAAACGUCUUGUUCUCUUCUGCACUGAGCCAUCGUGGCAGUGCAUUAGUACACGGUGGGUUGUGCGGCGAUGCACGUCUCUUGUAUUUACUCAGGCUGAGGAUGAAGUCUUUGUGGCUGAUAAGUCUGGGGAUGUAUAUUCAUUCUCUGUUCUGGAGCCACAGAAACCAGGAGAGCUGAAGCUGGGACAUCUCUCCAUGUUACUGGAUGUGACUCUCUCUCCAGAUGAUAAAUAUAUCAUAACAGCAGACCGAGAUGAGAAGAUCAGAGUGAGCUUCCGGCGGUCACCCUACAACAUUCAGGCUUUCUGUCUAGGGCACAGAGAAUUUGUCAGUGCAUUGCUUGUGCCUGCAGGGCAUCCUGACUGGCUUCUGUCUGGUUCAGGAGAUGGCACAGUGAAGGUUUGGCAUUAUGAGACUGGCCGGCGGUUACACAGCGUUGACCUGAGGCAACUUGGCCUAGACUCUGAAAACUCAGACACAGAAAAGAGGUUUGCCGUCAGCAGGAUCCUCAGCUCACCAGAUGGGCGACACGUAGCUGUCCAGUGCGAGAGAUUUCCCUCAGUUCAGCUCUUCAUGGUGGAUUCUGGGACGGAGGGCAGCCUGAACCCUGCCGAGACUCUCGCUCUUCCUCUUGCCCCCUGGGACGUGACCUUUGAUUCACAAAGCCAACUGUGGGUCUUACUGGAGAGUGAAGACUUGAAUGUGCUGCUGUAUCGAUACGCAGAGCAGAACUGGAAGCUGUGUGACUCAGAGACGCCUGAAUUGAGGAGGGUCACUGAAGCUUUACAGACUCAGUGGAAUGUCUUUCAAGGUUCUGUGGGACUGGAGAGUCAGUUUAAGCACCUGUAUAAGGUGAACUUCGACAACAUGGCGUCAUAUUUGCAAAAGAAGCAGGAAAGGCUGGAACAGGAGACUAAGAAGAGAGCAACAGCAAACGGCUCUAAACCCAAUAAAAGAAGUAAAACCGAGAGCGACGCUGUGCCUCAAAACACCAGCUGAGAGAACGGCUUUUUUAAUUUCUGCAUUAUGUGAUAUAAACAGUUAAUUCACAAUGA